GAGAGGAGAGCGGCCCGAGGAGGGAUGUCACAGAAAGAGAACGUGAACCCCAAGUGUGGGGCGCUGACCCCCCCGGGGCACCGUAAGGACCCCCCCAAAUCAGAGAGCCCCCCGAAAGGGGGAGCCGUGACCCUGCCAGGUACGGGCCGUGUCCCCCUGGAGAGCUGCGCCCCCCCCGCCCCUCCCCUGCAGCCGCGCACUUUCUCGCUGGAGGAUUUCGAGGUGGGGCGGCCGCUGGGGAAGGGCAAAUUCGGGAAUGUGUACCUGGCGCGGGAGCGCAGCACCAAGUUCCUGGUGGCCCUCAAGGUGCUCUUCAAGAGCCAAGUGGAGAAGGAGGGAGUGGAGCACCAGCUGCGGCGCGAGAUCGAGAUCCAGGCCCACCUCCGGCACCCCAACAUCCUCCGCCUCUACAAUUACUUCCACGACCGCCGCCGCGUUUUCCUCAUCCUCGAGUUCGCGCCUCGGGGGGAGCUUUACAAAGAGCUGCAGCGCUGCCGCCGCCUCGAUACCCCCCGAACCGCCACGCUGAUGGAGGAGCUGGCGGACGCUUUGCUCUAUUGCCACGAGCGCAAAGUCAUCCAUCGCGACAUCAAACCCGAGAACCUCCUGUUGGGCUUUAAGGGAGAGCUGAAAAUCGCCGACUUCGGGUGGUCCGUGCACGCCCCCUCCCUGCGGCGCCGGACACUGUGUGGGACGUUGGAUUAUUUGCCCCCCGAGAUGGUGGAGGGAAUGGCGCACGACGAGAAGGUGGAUCUGUGGUGCGUGGGGGUGUUGUGCUUUGAGCUCCUCGUGGGACACCCCCCGUUCGAGAGCCCCUCCCACGCCGAGACCUAUCAGCGCAUCACCAAGGUCGAUCUCCAUUUCCCCCCCUUCGUGCCGGACGGCGCCCGCGAUCUCAUCUCGCGCCUCCUUCGCCGCAGCCCCUCUGAGCGCCUCCCGCUCGCCGACGUCCUGCAGCACCCAUGGGUGCGCGCCCACUCCCGACGGGUGCUGCCCCCCACCUACGUCCCCCCGCAGCCCUGAGACACCCCAAAAAAAACCGGGGUACCCCCCCAAAAGCAAAGGGACCCCCCGAAAGCGAAGAUACCCCCCGAAAAGCGAAGGGACCCCCCAAAGCGCUCUCCUCUCACCCAUUGCCUGUAGCACCCAUGGGUACUGUGCCCCCCAAGU